AUGUCUUUAAGAUUCUUCGCCCUCACUGGCCUGCUGGCCUUGACAAAUGUCGUCCGCGCGACCGAGGAAGUAGCAGCCGAAGACCCAGUUAAGGGUACAGAUACCGUCCACGGAUGCUACAGCUAUGUCGACAACCUCACCUUCAACAGCACAAAUGAAUUCAACACCCAAGGUCUAUGCAGCACCGCCUGCCGCGGCAUGAGCAAAGCUGUAGGCGCAUCCUACUCGUCGGAUUGCUACUGUGGUGACGAGUACCCUCCUCUCAACACCCUUCUUGACGACAGCGAAUGCACUGAGCCCUGCCCCGGAUUUGAUACAGAAGCCUGUGGUGGAAUCAACGCCUUCACUGUUUACAACACAGGUGAAAAGGUCAGCGUUGCCAGUGCGGACAACAUUACCGAAUCGAGCUCCUCCUCUUCCGCAUCCUCUACUACUUCCCAGGCAGUCAUGACCAGUGCGGGCAUCGUUAUUACUGUGACCCCGACAUCAGAUUCAUCAAGCAGCUCUGAUAACUCAUCAUCAAAGACUGUGGGCAUCGCUGUGGGUAGUGUAGUUGGUGUACUUGGUGUUGCUGCGAUUGCUGGCGCUCUGAUCUUCAUCACCCGACGCCGACGAAACCGCGAGAUUGAGGAGGAACACCGCCGUAACGCUGCAGUCAACGCCUUUAUCUCUGGAGGAAAGCCCCCUUCAAGCAGUGGUGGAAUGUCCAUUUCCGACCAACGCCUCGACCCCGUUAUGGCUCAAAGGAGGAUGAGCAGUGGCAGUAUUGCCGACGAAGCAGACUACUCGCGUAGGAUUCUAAGGGUCACCAAUGCAUGA